AUGCCUAGCGAUACCACGGUCAACCUCAGGACCUCUGCUGCUGCAGCUUUCUUUGCUAGGCUCCUUGUCCAUCCCUUGGACAAUCUCAAGGUUUCGAUCCAGUACUCGAAAGGUGUCCCUGAAGGCAUUGUUCCACGACUGGAGCAUCUUCUCUCCACCUGUAAGCGACAACUCAACACCCAGCACGAAAAGUCAUGGCAGGGUCGUAGCAUUGCUCUUGGGCGACGUUCAGGGGCUGCUUUUACCAAGGACAGGAUUUCAUUCUGCCGAGGCGUCUACCAAGGCGUUUCAUUUGCACUUGCCUUUCAAGUCCCAGCACUUGCACUCUUCCUUUCGACAUACGAUGGCACCAAACAUGCACUCGCUCACAUCGCUGAUUCCGAGAACAUGUCGACUUUUCACAUUCACCACUUUGAAACACACUUGGUCAGUGGCUUGAUGGCCAAGAUGGCUGGAACAACCUUGUGGGCACCCAUGAACAAGAUCCAGAGUAUGGCAGCACAUCCAGCCAUACCAUUGACGCUCAAAGAGGCGCUCCGAAUUGGCAAGCAAGUGUGCCGAUCGGAAGGACUUUCGGGACUUUGGUCAGGAUACGGGACUACCCUGUCAUCCCUGCUGCCUUACACGAUGCUGUAUUUUGCAUCGUACGAGCAGUUCAAGCAAAUGGCUCGUUGGAUGGUCGUCGAAAAGGCCAAAUAUCAGGGCGGGACCUGGAGCUACCUGGAUGGAUUUCAGGAGUACUGGUCUGUGCUCGGACAGCCAGGUCGCGUGCCUGUCCAAGCGGAUCUGUCUCCAGAGACUUUCAUGAUGUGCAUCACAGGGGCAGUCAUCCUUUCGUCUUCUAUCUGUCAAACUGCCACUGCAAUCCGCACUUUGACAUGGGAUCGACCAUCAGUCGCAGCUUCGGAGAUCGAGAAGGUCUCGUCUCUGCGAAGACCACACUCGCUGCCCAACUUGCUCCAGCCUUUCCAGAUCCAGCCAUCGUCUCUGCCCUUGUCGCCUCUGUCGCCUCUAUCGCCUCUGUCGCCCCAUUCACCCUCAGGGUUCAUGCCGCCAUCUGGAUUGUCCGCGGCAGGAGCCGCUGGAUUCAAAUACCACCCAGUAGUACCAUCCCAGUUCAAAACAUUGAUGUCGAGCACUACCACAGCCCCCAGCCAGGCGCUUGCGGGGCUUCCCUGGCAGCAGAGCCAGCACGCUACCUUGACUACCGCCAGUCUUCGCCACUUCAGGAGCUCAAUCACUCACCAGCACAACUUAUCAAGCAUGCCCAUGAAGGGACAUGUUCAUCCAAUCUCGGCCCUUUCAUUCAUGCCUGCCUCUUCCUUUGCCGUUCCCUCCCCUACUUACACCACCCCUAUCAGCAAUAACAGCAACAGAGGAGGACCCUCAGCCUCCUACAAACCCAGCCAUAUGAUGACCAUGAUGACAGCACCCUUGCAGCAGGCCAACCUCAACAUGCCUGGGUUUAAUGAUAAUGAAUCGACAAGAAAAAUCAGCAACACGACUUCCGCCGUGGCGCCUCGCACAAACAGCAGCAGCAGCAGCAUCAGCAACGGUACUACGCCAGGACUCCUUCGAACAAUCACUCGAGGGUUGGGUCCCCGUAUCAUGUGGACUAUCCCGGGAGUGACUUUGACGACCGCUGGGUUUGAAGUCCUCCGCAUCCUCGCCUCGUAA